AUGGUAGCAAAUAAGGAGCUUAUAUUUAAUUUAACCUUUGGGGGCUGGCUGCAGCCUGCCGGCCACGAUACGGGCGUCAAGGUGUACAACAGCCUCACCCGGAGAAAGGACCCUUUAAUCGUGGGCAGCGCGGACGCCGCCUCCUGGUAUAGCUGUGGACCAACUGUCUAUGAUCAUGCACACCUUGGCCAUGCUUGCUCAUAUGUUAGAUUUGAUAUAAUUCGGAGGAUCCUAACCCGGGUUUUUGGAUGCAACAUCAUCAUGGUGAUGGGAAUUACGGAUGUGGAUGAUAAGAUCAUUAAAAGGGCCAAUGAAAUGAAGAUAUCACCUGCUUCUCUUGCCAACCUCUAUGAAGAAGAUUUUAAACAAGAUAUGGCAGCCUUGAAGGUUCUCCCACCCACAGUGUACUUGAGGGUGACUGAGAAUAUUCCUCAGAUCAUUUCUUUCAUUGAAGGAAUAAUUGCGAAUGGGCAUGCUUACUCAACAGCAAAAGGCAACGUCUACUUUGAUCUGCAGUCGAGAGGAGACAAGUACGGCAAGUUCGUUGGUGUGGUUCCUGGUCCUGUUGCAGAGCCAGGUGAUUCUGACAAGCGGCAUGCCAGCGACUUUGCCCUGUGGAAGGCAGCUAAACCCCAGGAGAUAUUUUGGCCCUCUCCUUGGGGAAACGGAAGACCUGGCUGGCAUAUCGAAUGUUCUACCAUCUCAAGUUUGGUGUUUGGAAGUCAACUGGAUAUCCACUCAGGUGGGAUAGACCUCGCUUUUCCGCAUCAUGAAAAUGAAAUCGCACAGUGUGAGGUCUUUCAUCAGUGCCAGCAAUGGGGAAACUAUUUUCUACAUUCUGGACAUUUGCAUGUGAAAGGCAAAGAAGAAAAAAUGUCCAAAUCACUGAAAAACUACAUUACUAUUAAGGACUUCCUGAGGACGUUUUCCCCCGAUGCCUUCCGGCUCUUCUGCAUGCGGAGCGGCUACAGGUCAGCCAUCGACUACAGCGACAGUACCAUGCUGGAAGCACAGCACCUCCUCCGGGCGGUGGCCGCGUUCGUCGAGGAUGCUCGGGCCUACAUGAAGGGGCAGCUGGUGUGCGGCCCCAUCAGGGAAGACGUGCUGUGGGAGAGGCUCAGCCACACCAAGGCUGCUGUGAAGGCCGCCUUGGCCGAUGACUUUGACACGCCCCAGGCGGUGGAUGCUGUCAUGGAGCUCAUUCGCCAGGGGAACAGACAGCUGAAGGUGGUUACUAAGGAACCUGGUAGUCCUAGGAGUCCUGCUGUGUUCGGCUCCAUCAUCUCCUAUAUUGAGCAGUUUUUUGAAACUGUUGGAAUUUCUCUGGCAGAACGACGGCAGUUUAUUUCAGGGGACAGCAACUCAGCCACUUUGCACAGUGUGGUGGAGGAGCUGGUCCGAUUCCGGCUCAAGGUCCGGCAGUUCGCCUUGGCCACGGGAGAGGCUACCAGGGAGGCCCGGCGGCAGCAGCUCCUAGAGAGGCAGCCCCUGCUGGAAGCAUGUGAUACCCUGCGCCAGGACCUUGCUGCAUAUGGCAUCAGUAUUAAGGACAGGAGCAGCACAUCCACAUGGGAACUGCUGGGUCAGAGGUCAGAAGACCACAAACCUGGGAGCUGAGGAUGCGUGAAGUGGAACCACAGGCUCUCAAUGCGGUUCUACGCUUAUGUCACUAUAGAAGCUUUACAUUAAAGUUUUCCAUUGUGGCUAUUUAGUCAACAUUAAAAUAAAUCAAACCAAUAUCAUCCUAUUGGUGUGUCAGUAACUAUGUCUAAAUAAUGGAUUUUUUUAUAGUACCAACAGCCACAGACUCGAGUGCAGCUUAAUCAGCCAACAUUAUCACCUGUGAUAUAACCCAGCCAGCCUGUGUCCAUGAGCCAGAGCCCAGGAUGUAAGUCCUAAAUGGAGGUCCCAGAGGACAUCACAGGAAGACAGGUGGGGAGCUAAGCUGUUCAGUGAACCAGAAGGACACAGGGUGACCCUCUUGCCAAUUCCCCCAGCUCUCAGGUCCGGCUGGGUGCAGCCUCAGGCAGCAGGUAAGCACAUGCUGGGCAGUUGUAGAUAGCUUGGUGUGGCUCAGCAGCCAUGUUUACUGUCACUGACCGUCAUGACCCUCAGAGGCAUUGGUGCUCCUCUUCUACAGAUGAGGAGACCGGCAGGGAAGCUGACUUGCUAAAAGUGACCCAGUUAGUGCAUGGUGGAGUGAAGACCUCAGAUGCUAGAGUGCCAGGCCCUGCCACUGGAUAUACUUCUUAUCCCCCUUUUAAGCAAAGGGGUCUGUCCUUAAUCAGAGCAACAACUUUAGUAGCAAGUACACAGGAACAGUUCCUGGGACUGCUCAAUUCUACUUUCCAUGUAAAGAAAUGGUGACAUUUCAGGCUUAUUCUGCAAAUUACUUAUUGUAGUAAUAUCAGUAAGCACUGGUGAAAAACACAUUAGACAAACAAGCUUUUAAGUGUUUAUGUCCCUAAUACCUGACAAUAUCCUCAACGUAGGAAAGUUGAAAGAUGGGCUUUGGCUGUUUAAAAAUAUAUAUAAAACUCUACAUUGGGAAAAAAACCAGGCCUGCCUUUCAGUAGUUACCAGGAUUUAGAUGUUAAUUAAAGGAAAAACUGUCCGUGAGUUUUUCUGGAGAAGUUUGCAUGUAGGUAGUGAAACUCCUGGAGUUAGAUGUGAAAUAACAGUGGUAAAUACUUUUAAAGAAAUCUUAAAAGUUCAUGCCUGGUUUAAAGAAAGUAGGAUCCAUUUAGCGUGAUAUAGCUGAACCACAGAGCUUCACCCACAUGUAAUCAUCACGGGCAGACAGACUUUUAAAGGAACCGCACAGGUCUUGCCCUUGUACAAAGCAUCAUUAAACAGUAAGAGUACACUCAGAUAUAUGUUAGGAACCAAACCCCAUGGAGAAAUGACGACAGAAAACAAGUCACUCUCAAGCCACUAAGAAAACCACCCAUACAACCAAAGUGAACCAGAUAAGACAAUAAAACAUCUCACGACA